AAGAAAAAAGAAAAGCAGCAGCAGCAGGAGCAGCAGCAGCAGCAGCAGCAGGAGGAGCAGAUUUUUCGGACAUUUUGUGGAUUUCUGCUUGGAAUUGUGAGCAAAAAGUGGACAAUGUGGGAUCAUAUCAAGUCUCUGAACACGCCUGUGUGGGGAUGAGUGGAGGAAAGAGUGGAUAAAAGGAGGAAAAGAGAGAAGAGAAGCGGAGAGAGGAGAAAGGAGGAUAUCACUUAUUCACCCAACACACACACACACACACACACACACUCCGAGGACCGGGUGUAGGGGGGGGCAAAACCGACCAGGACCCUUCUCUACAUGUGGAUUAAUUUCAAAUUUUUACAAAAAAAAAAAAACAAAAACAAACAACAUAAAUAACAAACAAGCCUACUGGAUACACACACACACAGUCACACACCUAAUACACAAGGUUGUUGUUGACGGUCAGGACUCGAUUCCGAAGAAUGGUCAGCGUGCAUAGAGCGGCCACGCCCACUUCCUGUGCGUAGAGGAAGUCUCGUCGUCAGCAUGUCCUCUCACCCGCAACCGGUGCCUCAGAGCCGGAGAGCUGUGGACGCCCGACACCUGCCGAGUUCAGCCAGCCUUCCUCUGCCCAUAGCCCGCGCUCACACGGAUGUUGGAAUAGUGAACUACAAUGCUCGGGACUUCGGUUCCCAUCUCUCCCAUGGAGCUCUCGCCCAGUCUCACCGCCGCAGACCGUCCCUGCUUUCGGAGUUUCAGCCCGGGAACGAGAGAGGCACAGAGCCGCACGUCCGAUACGAGCACAUAUAUCUACCCGAAGCCAACAGCCAAUCGGAGGUGGAGUAUGGCGAGAUAAAGCGGCCUCGCCUGGAGAUCGGGGCGGAGCCUCUAAUGCGUCAUCCGCCUCAGCGCCCGCCUCUGCCUCUGACUGGAGCCGAGGAUGUCGUGAAGGAGCGUGGCGGCAGCAGCUCGAUGGGGAAGAUCGAGCCCAUCUCUCCGGUGAGUCCAGCGGUGAUGGAGGCUGACCUGGAGCUGGUGCCUACGCGCUUUUCUAAAGAGGAGCUCAUCCAGAACAUGGACCGCGUGGACCGAGAGAUCACCAUGGUGGAACAGCAGAUCUGCAAACUGAGGAAGAAACAGCAACAGCUGGAGGAAGAGGCGGCGAAGCCCCAAGAGCCAGAGCGCAAUAUUUCUCCUCCACCCAGCGAAGCCAAACACCGCAGCCUUGUACAGAUCAUCUACGAUGAGAACCGGAAAAAAGCAGAGGAGGCUCAUCGUAUCCUAGAGGGACUGGGACCCCGAGUGGAACUGCCACUGUAUAACCAGCCGUCUGAUACGAAGCAGUACCACGAGAACAUUAAAAUAAAUCAGGUGAUGAGGAAGAAGCUCAUUCUCUACUUCAAGAGGAGAAACCACGCUCGCAAGCAAUGGGAGCAGAAGUUUUGUCAGCGCUAUGACCAGCUGAUGGAGGCUUGGGAGAAGAAGGUGGAGCGCAUAGAGAACAACCCUCGGCGCAGGGCCAAAGAGAGCAAAGUGCGCGAGUACUACGAGAAACAGUUCCCCGAGAUCCGCAAACAGAGGGAGCUGCAGGAACGCAUGCAGAACAGGGUGGGUCAGCGUGGUGGUCUGGCCUCUGCAGCACGCAGCGAACACGAAGUGUCUGAGAUCAUAGAUGGCAUUUCAGAACAAGAGAACUCGGAGAAACAGAUGCGUCAGUUGGCCGUGAUCCCGCCGAUGCUGUUCGACGCCGAGCAGCAGAGGAUAAAGUUCAUUAACAUGAACGGUCUGAUGGACGACCCCAUGAAGAUCUACAAAGACAGACAGGUGAUGAACAUGUGGAGCGACCAGGAGAAAGACACCUUCCGAGAGAAAUUUAUCCAGCACCCUAAGAACUUUGGCCUGAUAGCCUCCUUCCUGGAGAGAAAGACUGUGGCAGAGUGCGUCCUCUUCUACUAUCUGACAAAGAAGAACGAGAACUACAAGAACAUCGUCCGCAGGAACAACCGCCGCAGGGGCCGCAGCCAGAAUAACCAGCAGCAGCAACAGCAGCAGCAGCAACAACAGCAGCAGCAGCAGCAGCAGCAGCAACAGCAGCAGCAGCAACAGCAGCAACAGGUGAACCGCAACAACCAGGAGGAGAAAGAGGACAAGGAGGCAGAGAAGGAGGGAGAGCGAGACGAGGACAAGAACGACGCAGAUGACAAGGAGGAUGGCAUAAAAGAUGACACGUCAGGAGAGGACGGUGAAGAUAAAGAUCCUCCUGUAGCCAUUAAAGGACGUCGCACAGCCAACAGCCGUGGCCACCGAAAAGGCAGAAUCACUCGCUCCAUGGCCAACGAGCAGGAGGAAAGCAGCUCUCCUCCUCUCAGCGGGGAACUGGCAAACCUGGAGAUGAACGAAAGCUCUCGCUGGACAGAAGAGGAGAUGGAGACUGCCAAGAAAGGACUUCUCCAAUAUGGCCGCAACUGGUCGUCCAUCGCCAAGCUGGUGGGCUCCAAGACCGUCUCACAGUGCAAGAACUUCUACUUCAACUACAAAAAGAGGCAGAAACUGGACGAGAUCCUGCAGCAGCAUAAAAUGAAAUCGGAGCAGGAGCGUAAGGCCAGGCGUAAAGGUAAAGCUCUGCAGAACGAGGAGACCAGCGCUCCCUCUGCUGCUGAUGAAGAGGAGAUGGAGGGAUCCGGGGGCAGCGGCAACGAGGAGGAGGCUCAGGAGGAUGGAGAGGGAGGCCCUAACCAGAGCUCAGAUACAGAGAGCCUCCCAUCCCCGCACUCCUCGGAGAGCAGCAAGGUCAAAGAUUCUAGCUCGGGCCGCUUUAAGUCUGCGCCUAACACCACCUCUGCGUCGGCAUCUUCCUCUGACAAAGAUGCACCAGAGGAGGAGAAACCACAAGUCAAGUGCGAGCAGGGAGCCGUGAAGCAGGAAGAGCGGCCCGAGGGAACCGACGGAGCGAAGGAGGUGCAAGGGGAGGUCGAGGAUAAGAAGCCUCCCACUCUGGAGGUGGAAGAAGUUAAGAGAGAAGGAAGGAAAAGAGAGAGGGAGCAUGGAGGACGAGACAGCGACUCCAGCGCUACCUGCAGCGCCGAUGAGGUGGAGGAGACGGACAACACGGAGAAGAACAGAAUAACAUCUCCUAGGCCGAGUCUGCUGAGUUAUGCCCACGAUGGAGUGAUCUCAACUGCACUGCAGAAACCACUGGACCUCAAACAGCUCAAACAGAGAGCGGCCGCUAUACCUCCCAUAAUGCCGGACAUUUCUGUAGCCGGUGCUGGCGUUUUGGGGAAGCAGCAGGUGAUGCCCGACGCUCAGGCGCUCUACGAACAGCAGAUCAUCAUGGCACACGAGUCCUCCCAAGGAGCCAAGCAGCAGCCUCCGCAGCCAAUCAAAUCGCAGCAUUACCCCAGCGGCAUGGCUGAGGCCGGUAGCCCACGGAUCCUAGCCAGAACACCCACGCCCUCGGAGAGAGAGAAAGAGGAACUGGAGGGGGGGAAGGAAAGAUGGCUACACACUCUGCUUCACGGAUUACAUAAACCCCGAGCAUUCUCUCCUCUUGCUGAUGUGAAGAAAGAUCCGGGCCCGGACCACAUCAGAGCCAUGGGUCUUGGUCGUCCUGUGAUGUCACCGUACCAGCUUUCUUCCAGAGAUUUGGCCAAGCUGAGCCAUGAACAACUCCUGCACUACAACUCCUCUCCUUCUCAGCAGGAGAGGCUGGCUGGUGUACGGCCGCAGCACAUCCCCGAUCCUCCUCCCCUCAUUUCCUCGGCCAAACCAGGCGGCUCCAUCACACAGGGUACUCCAGUGCAGAUGCACAGCCCCGCCCACGGCUCCGAGCACGCCAAGAUGACUCCAGGAGCUCUGCCUGUGUCCUGGACGGAGCAGCGGAAACUCUCCGGGUUCCCCGUGGUUAAACAAGAGCAGCUGUCUCCACGUGGCCCCGCCUCCUCUCAGGCUGAGAAUCUGUCCACACAUGCUAUCGCUCAUGAGAGCCUCGCUUCUCGCGGGCCCAUGCCAGCUGUACAGGGAGGAAGCAUCACAAAGGGCCUUCCUGGCACGCGCAUCCACCAAGAUUCCUCCAUAACAUACCGUGGUGGUUCCAUCACUCAGGGCACCCCGGCAGAAGUGCUGUAUAAGGGUACCAUUACUCGUCUUAUCGCAGAGGACAGCCCUAGCAGGGACAGAUCCAGAGACGAAAACCAAGCCAAGGGACACGUUCUGUAUGAGGGCAUCAGUGGACACAUCCUCUCCUAUGAACGCGCUCUGAACCCAAAGGACGAAGGCAGGGGAGAGGUGUUAGGGCUGAAACGCUCUUACGACGUCAUGGACGGUGGGGGCAUCUCUCGAGUGCUGCCGUUACGGGACUCUCUGUCCACUGCUGAGGGUUUGAUGUGUAGAGCAAUGCCUCAGGAGAGAGAGAGUCCUCGUCCUCAUCAUAUCCGCGGCUCUAUCUCACAGGGUAUCCCACGUCAUGUAGAGUCCCAGGAAGAGUAUUCACGACGAGAGCCGAAGCAGCUGAAGCGCGAGAGCUCUCCGUCUCCCCGUGGCCCUGACGCUAUUAAGGGCCGCCCCCACGACAGCCUAGUGCCCACGGUUAAAGAGGGCGGACGCUCCAUCCACCUCAUCCCGCCGGAGGGUGUGCUGAUGAGCAAAGCACCUAAAGAGGGCUCCAUCACACAGGGCACGCCUCUCAAACUGGAGACCGCGGGUUCAUCUAAACGCCACGACGUGCGCUCCAUCAUAUCCAGCUCUCCUCGGCCGUACUCUGGUCUCCCACCUCAUUUGGAGAGGGGCCACUACGACGAGCCGGGCCCCAAAUCUCGGCCUAGCGCUGUGGUCAGCACCUCAAGCUCCCUGGUGCUGGGGGCAGAACAGGCGGGCAAAAGUCACCACAGCCCGGUGGGCUACGACGAGCACAAGAGAGCAGGAUAUGCGGCGCCUUCACACCGAGGAUCCCCGCUGGCCAGCAGAGACACGCCGCAGCGGCCACACGAAGGCUCUGCGAAGGUCCCUCAACAGGAGAGGAAGUCCACUCCCACUCCUCGGGAAAUGAGCUCUACCAAGUCUCCGCUGCCUGUAGUGGGGGAUCACGCUGCCUCUCUGGCCUCCUAUGAGAGGCUGCUGCAGGGUCUGGGAGCCGAUGUGUACCGAGGACAGAUACCGCUGCCGUUCGACCCCGCCGCCCUGCCCCGGGGCAUCCCUAUAGAUCCAGCUGCUUAUUACCUGCCUCGACACCUGGCUCCCGCCCCUGGUUACCCCCACCCCUAUCCCCCUUAUCUAAUCCGGGGCUUCCCUGACACAGCAGCCCUUGAGAACAGACACACACUCUUCACCGACUACAUCACCUCACAGCAGAUGCACCAGUGGCCUGCAGCAGCUAUGACACAGAGAUCAGACCUACUGAGAGGGCCCCGAGACCCACCGCUCACUUUACCGUACUCACCUACAGCACGAGGAGCGUCUGCAUCACCAAUGGACCGCAUGAACUACCUCCCUGGCGCUCCAAACACUUUCCCCAGCCGUGCGUACACCACCUCACCGAUCUCACCUGUCGGAAGCUCACACAUAAGCAAACUCCAGGGCACACCGACGUCAUCCGAGAGAGAGCGCGAGAGAGAGCGUGAGCGCGAAAGAGAGCGCGAGAGAGACCGGGAGAGAGAGCGAGACCGAGAGAGGGAACGGGAGAGAGAAAGAGAACGAGAGCGGGAUAGAGAGAGGGAGAGGGAGCGAGAGAGGGAGAGAGAGCGGGAUCGAGACAGAGAGAGGGAGAAGUCUCUCGGCCAUGGCAAUGUGGAGCACGCCCCCAUCUGGAGACCCGGAGCAGCAGAGCAGACUGGGAGCAGCAGCUCCAGCUCGCGUCCUCCUUCCCUGCCUUACAGCCACCAGGUGUCCCCGAUGAGCCCUCGGCCCCAGGACAGCCUCCAGCACAGACCCACUGUCUUGCACAACACCAGCUCGAAAAACCUGCAGAGUUCAGAGCACAGCAGCCCGUCUGUACUGAGGUCUGUGCCACAGAGUUCUUCACGUUACCCAAACUACAGCGGGCACCUCCAGAGAGCCAGCGAGGCCUAUCCAGACUCGAGCGGGGUCAAAGAGCUGAGCCGGGAGCUGAGUAAGACCCAGAGUCGCGGAGUUCUGCCCAAACACCAGGAGCCCAAGUCCGAAUCCAAGAUGUCCAGCCCGAGCGGGGGCGGAGUUUACCCCUCGGCCUUCGCCCAGGCCCCCGGCGGCCAUGUGGGGCUCACAGCAGGCCGUGGUCUUCCCAUGAUGGCUACCGAGAGUGGCAUCAUGAAUAGGGAUAAGACUCAGAACAAGGACCACGAGCUCCGUGCACUCGCUCAGCAGAAGGCUCUAGAGCAGCACAGUGUGUUUUUUAUUCCAGAGGAGAGACUGUCUCCCAGCCAGCAGCCUCCAUCCCCUGCUGUUAAAAGCUCCCAGAGAGUAGUGACCCUCGCCCAACACAUCAGCGAGGUGAUUAAGAAAGAUUACAUGCGUCAGUCACAGCAGGGGCAGGCAGGAGGCCAGCCUGUGUUUAGCUACCACAAUUCCCCUGUGUUGGACCUCACUCGACCCCCAAGUGCCCCCCAGACGCCCUCGGAGCCGAGCGUCAGCAGCCGCUUUACCCCCGAGGGCUCCAACAGCGACAGAGACAGGAUGAGAGACAGGUCUCCUCCUCAGAGUAAAGUGUCCCCAGUGAGUCUGCCCCCUGAGUGCAUCGAGCCAGUCUCUCCACCAGGGGGCGUGUCCGAGCCGGAAUCCCAGGCAGCAGCGUGUCCCAGCGAGCAAGCCGAGCAAGGGAUGGGAUCUCGCUCUCCCUCCAGCAGUUCCCAGCCACCUGCGUUCUUCAGCAAACUCACCGAGAACAACUCCGCCAUCGUCAAGAGCAAGAAGGAGAUGAUUAAGAAGAUGGUUGUGGGCAACGAGAAUGACUUUAACUCGGGACAGCCCGGGACAGAGAUCUUCAACAUGCCUGCCUCUGCUACUGGAGGGCCAGUGACCAUGCGUAGCCAGCCUCCUCCAGACUCCAGUGGGAACACCAUUGGCCUGGAGGCCAUCAUCCGCAAAGCUCUGAUGGGGAAAUAUGACGAACAGGCGGACGAGCGCUCGCCCUCCAACUCCGGACCCUCUGCUGCUGCUGCUGAUCCACGCACUGAAGAGCCUUACUCACUGCCUGGUAAAUCAAAGAGCAGCGGGCGCUCCAACGGCCGCAAGACAAAGUCUCCCGGUCCUGGACUGUCGGGAGGAGAGAGACCGUCCUCUGUGUCCUCCGUCCACUCCGAGGGAGACUGCAACCGCCGCACACCUCUCACCAACCGAGUGUGGGAGGACAGACCGUCAUCUGCAGGCUCCACCCCAUACCCCUGUAACCCCUUCACGAUGAUGCGUUUGCCCGGCUCGGUGAUGUCCGGGCCCUCCCCGUCGCCCACGCAGCCCGCUGCAGGACCUCCACAGCCUCAGAGCCGAACCUGGGAAGAGGAACCCAAACCGCUGCUCUGCUCUCAGUACGAGACGCUGUCCGACAGCGAGUGAACACACACACACACACACACACACACACACCCCUCCUCUAUUCGCUCCUUUAAACUUUAAACAGGGAUGUGAAUGGAUACACACACAUGCACACACUUAGUGAAACACACUAGAGAGCACAUACACAUGCAAACUAAUAUGCAUACCCUCAUAUUACUAAUGCACUUCUCUUAAGUACAACACACACACACACACACACACACACAGAUGUACCCUGGUGAAAAUGGCUGCUCCAGAAGAGUACUCGUAAGCGUGUACACACCUGCACACCAACAUUAGCGUGUGCCAUCACUCCAAGACUGCUCAUAUUACAACGACAAAUCACUCUUUUUUUUCUUUUUCUUUUCCUUUCCUGGUGUCCUGGUCUUAUCAGACUCGGGUAUCACAGAGACUCCUCUCUCCAUAGUACCGCUCAGGAUCCUCACAUUCUCACCUCUUGCUGACACACACACACACACACACACACACACACACUCACUAUGCAUUGCUGUUUUAAACCAAUAAUUUGGCUCCAAAUGGAAUGAACAAGUCGAUCAGAUUAGCUCGUUUGGUGUCUUUAUUUCGCACUUGAGGGUUAAUGUAGCUAAACAGUAAGGCUAGCUUCGAGCUGCUAGUGUUUAUUCAUUCGUAUUGGUCAUCUCAAUCGUUUCUAACACACAGCUCCGCCUUAAACUUAAGGCCACGCCUCUUAUCUGAGACUGAUCCUUGCUACGUCCUGACUGUUAGCUGCUACGACUGUUUUUAGCUCUGCGUCCGUUUUUUUUUUUGUUUGUUUGUUUUUUUUUAAAUACAUAUCCUUGUGUCAAACCACUCCACAAAGCAGUUGAUUGAGAUGUGUAGCUUGAGUGAUGCUAAUCUGGUGGAUAUGCGCUUCCUUUAUUUGCUAGCUACAUUAGCCUGAACAUAUCUUGGCUCUAGUGUUUCAGUUUUGGCCCAAAAUGGCUGCCGAUGGCGUCGCUCGUUGCUUUUACAGACUCACAGUUUCACCACUUGAGCUUCUGAGGCACAUUUUGAGGUACAGAGGACCGUGUGUGUGUGUGUGUGUGUGUGUGUGUGUGUGUGUGUGUGUGUGUUUGCGUUUGUAUACACUGAUGCAUGAAUUCAGAUUGAGAGAAUGAACAAGCCAGUUCCAGUUUUCCUGUUCUGAAAUACGUACAUUCAGUCCAGAAACGCUCAUGAAGAGUGUGUCUGUCUGUGUGUGUGUGUGUGUGUGUGUGUGUGUGUGUGUGUGUGUGUGUGUGUGUGCGCGUGCGCGCGUUUUUCACUCUUUUCCAUGGGCGUUAGUUUACAAGGUACAUAAUGCAUUUUUUUAAUGUCACUGAUAACAUUGCAGUUUCUGUUUUUUUUUUUUUUUUUUUUUUUUGUUUUUUUUUUUUUUUAAACAGCGGUUUCAGACUCGUCUCUACUCGAACAUUUUUUCUUUUCAUGAAAGCUGCGACGUGUUUUUUUUUUGUGUGUGUGUGUGUGUUUAUCACUAAUUUGUUUGCGUCUCUUUUUAUUAAAGCACUUGGCCAGCAGACGGUUCUUGUUGUCCCGUCAUGGACGCUGAUUAUUCAUUUAAUGUUUUUUUUUUUUUUUUUUUGGUUGUUUGUUUAUACAGUAUUGUGUUUUUUUUUUUAUUUUCAUGUUUGUCACCUAUAUAUACCUUUUGUAAUAAAUAAAUAAAUAAAUAAAAUAAAAUAAAUAAAUAGAUAAAAUGUCCAAUGCUCCAGCGACAAUCAGAGAGGAAAAAGUGCUGAGCUGAGCAUAUGGACGCCAAGCUGCUUUUUCAGGUCCCCACAAUGUCCUCACACACACACACACACACACACACACACACACAUGUCGGUUUAAGAGACUGCGCCAAAUCAAAGCCAUGGACAUCGAGGACUGCUCUGUCGUCGGUUUAAAAAACAAAACAAAACAAAACAAAAAACAGACGACUGAUAUUAGAGGACGCUGAUAGGUUAUUUUUUUGUGGGUUUUUUCUCUUUUUUUUUCUUUUUUCUUUUUUUUUUUUUUUUUUUUUUGAGGAAGGGGACCUCCGCCCACAGCGAGUGGACUUCUCAGCUCACUGGGACUCCAAACCCAACACCUCAUGUGUAGAAAUGUGUAUCCCUUUGUUGUGUACAAAAAAAAAACAAAAAACAAACAAAAAAAAACGAUUCUGGUGUUAAGUGCCAUUUAUUUGAGACGUACAUUUACUGAAGUUUAAACUACCAAGUGACUACGCACAACUGUUUUUUUUUUUCCUCUGUUUUUUUUUCUUCUUUUUUUUUUUUUUUUAAAGGCUUAAAAGACGAACCUGGUGUGUCACGGUCGUUUGACACACACACUGCUGAGAGCGGUGGAUUUUAUGUCCUCACACUAACGCGUCUUCAGAAUUCGACGCUGAUAUCCGUGAUGCUAUAAAUACUAUCAAAUUACUUUGCAUGUGCUUUAAAUAUAAGUCAAAUUUUAUUGUUUGCUACUUUUUUUCAUAAAAAAGUCAUCCCUCUUUAACAUUGAUAUAAAAAAAUAAAGACUUUUAUGAUUCUAUUCCACAGGUUUACCUCAGUGGGAGUUUUUUUUGUUUUUGUUUUUUUGUUUUUUUUUGAGGAAUAUUAGUCCCGUGUUGAGAAUUGAUCAUUUGGUAUGUAUAAUAUUGUGUGUUUAUUUUGUGUAAAUGCGGCUUCAUCGCAUCACACACUCGUUCUGUUCUCUAGACGUGUGCCAACGAUAUUGUUUUUGGUCACUACCAUAUUGUUUGCUCCAUUCGGUGUAAAAAAAAAAAAAAAAAAAAAAGACCCUUAUUUUUGGACAGAUUUCAUAGAGCAUUACAUAAGAAGGCACCUUCAAUUAAGUGUUAAUUUUUUUUUUUUUUUUAGCAAAUAUUAAAAUAUUGUGAUAUCGUAAAAUAUUAAUCCACAUUUCCACAUGAUGCAUUUCACACAUUCUAACAUUACUGCAUGUUUUAGAAGAGACAUAAAAACAAAUUAGUAAAAAAUAAUAAUAAUAAUUUCACAGCAGAUGUGCAGUGUUCUCUCUGGAACAACUGUCUUCAUUUUUCCUGAGGUACAAAUGUAUAUGAACUGAUUUAAAAAUCAUAACUGGUUGAGGGGGAAAAAAAUGAAACAAAAAGACCAGACUCCAUUCACAGCUUUAGGAUGGGAGGAAAGCAAGGGUCAGGUAUCAUCCAUUUUGUACAACCAUACUGUCCGCUUUUUUUUUUUUUUUUCUUUUAAACAUAAUUCCAGCCCACUGUAUUAUAGUGCGGAGUGUAAAUAGGCCUAAAAGGGUGUACAUAUUUAUGUGAUUUGCUGCGAGGUGGAUAUUCACAGAGAAACUGUUCACUGUUGUGCAUCAACAUGGCCACCAGCAAGCUUUGUGGAUAAGCAGUGUACAAAAAUGAAACAGGAAAAAAACAGACACUGCCUUAAUGUUUAAAUAAAAAGCUUAUUGCCAUUGAGAUGUUUGAGUGUUUGUGUUUUCACUCUUUUUUUGUAAUUGCAUUAUUGGAUCAUGGAUUUUUUUUUUUUAAUAGAACAACACAAGUUGCAUUUUUGUUGUCACAUACGCAAAUAUGGCGUAUGACGUUUUGUACAUGUUGCUGUCGUAAUCCAGGGUUUCACUUUCAAAUUCAAAUGUAGACAAAGUAAUAAUGACGCUUCAUAAACAAGUGGUAAAGUAGGCAUCAUAUUACGGUUGACGGAAGUGUUUUUUAAAAAAAAAAACACCUAAGAUAAACCUGCAAAACGAGUGAAUACAGUGUUUAUCAGCGGUCAAAGAUUUAUCGUUAGGGCUGCAUCGAUACCGAUUCUGGUAUCAGGUAUCACUCGGACACAGUGCUCAUUUCCUCGUACAUGUAAAAAUGCUCCAGAGACACCAUCCGAUAGCUCGUGAUACGAUGUGACGUAAUCCUGGUGUACGUUGUUGCGCUAAUCUCAACAUGUCAAGAGGAGGCGCUACUGUGUCUUUCUCCAAUACAAGUAACCUGCUAAAGCAUCUUAAACAUAAAUCUCAGCACGAGGAGUUCAUCGCUAGCAGCACACAACGACAAAAAUGUCUUACCCAGUGUGUUGUUCUUGACGAUCAGCCGCUUUCGGUCAUUGACAAACGAGGGAUUCCGCCGUAACGAAAACAAAAAUGUACUUCACUUACAGCUGUACAGAAGCUCUUUUCUGAAGUGAAGUAAAACCUGCAGCUCUACUCAUGUAGCUAAUGUAGCUAGCUGCGAGCUAGACCGAUCCUAGUAUCAUACAUGCGUAGACACCUAACUGUGUUUUCCAGGGCCAUAAUUUACACCAGGGAAGCGUAAAGAGAGUUAAAUAACAUGUUCUGUGACAUCCCUGAUUGAUUGAUACUAAUGAGUAGUAAUAUUCAGUUUGAUCUCUGUAUCGAUGAGUAUGAAAAAUUCUCAGAGUAGUAUCGAUGCAUCUGCUUGUAAGAUCGCGAAUCGGUUCAAUGGUAAAUGUUCCAAAACUGUAAUCUGAGGUGAUUUCUUUUCAGGGAUGAAGACGCAGAGAGAAAACCACAAACAUUCCUGAUCCUGAUGGAAAUAAAACCUGUGAGUAGUACCCAUGUCUGUAUGGAAAAGUUUGCGCACCCCGGCCAAAUUACAAGUGAAAAGAAGUACGCACAACUGCUGCAGCAAACCAUUUUUUUCUUAAUAACAUUUUUCCUAUAAAUAUUACUGCAGGUACUUUAUAUUUGAUGCAUACAACUGUAUAGAGGAUAAAAAUAUCCUCGUGUAAAUCUAAUACCAUCCAAAUAGAGGAUAUUAUCUGUGUACUUGUGAUUUAUUGUCAUCCACUUGUUCCUCAAGAUUCCUCUUUAAUUUAGUAAUGAGGUUACUAUUAUUUUUGGUGUUUUGCAGCGUUGUAUCAUUUGUACUUUGCUUUGUGAUUAAUCUGUGUAGCAUCCCUAAGGAUUAGGUUUCACUCCAGCCCUCUUUAGCAUCUCGGUUCCUCCUACAUAAUCUCUGUUUCGCACUUGCUUUUGGCCAGAUGAUGGGAGAGCGAUGUUCUUGGAAGAAAUUUCUGCUUCAUUUCCAAGUCACUUUCAUUAAAAGUGAUAUUUAUCCCAAAAAAAA